AAGGAAUGGCAAAAAUGAAAAGGAGAAAAAGAGAGGGCAGACUUACAUCGAAUGCCUGUGCACCCUUCCGCAUCGAAAUCCAGGCAUCAGUGCGGUCAUGGCAAAUGUGGAGACGAUAUUCUGAAUUUGUGGAUUUGCACACAGAGCUCACCAAAUCUACAGGCGCAUCCCCGCCAGCUGAGCUUCCGCCGAAGCACGCCCUCAGCGUGUUUCGCUCGCGUAACAACCCCGCCAUCCUCGAGGAACGCCGCCAGGGCCUCGAGCAGUACCUCCGCGCCAUCCUCAGCUCGAGAGACGACCGCUGGAGAGAGUCCUUUGCAUUCAGGGAUUUUCUGGGCGUGCCGGUGGGGAAGGGGGACGCUGCAUCCGGAGGAUUCUCGCAGUUCACGUCAUCGUCCUGGCUCGACGAGCACACCGACCUGCAAGCCCGCAUACGCGACGUCCGCGCUGACAUAAAUAAACGCGACGCUCUAUCAGACACGGGCGAUAUCACGGGCUCGCACCAGACGAACGUGCAGGCGAAGAAGAAGCUCGCCGCCGCGCUCUCACGAGUGGGUGCGCUGGAGGACGGGGUGCAGCAUCUGGCGUUGGUGGGCAUGAGCGAGGGAGAGCUGCAGCGGCGGAGGGACAUGGUCGCAAGGCUACGAGACGACUGCGAGAAGCUUGCGAAGAUGGUCACGGUCGCACGAAACACGACCCGAGGCGUUGGUGCCCCCGCCGAGCGAAACCCUGCGACCGAGUCGGACCGCGAGGCGCUGCUCAGCCACCCGUCGGGACCGUCUUCCACAGGGUUCUCGAGACCCGUCACUCGUGUCUUUGGUGGCGGAUCGAAGCCGAAAGAGACAGAGCAGACGCGGCCCUUAGACAGCCAAGGCUUGAUGCAGCUCCAAAGCUCGCAGAUGGACCAGCAGGACGCCCAGCUCGCUCAGCUGAGCACCGUCCUGCAGCGCCAAAAGCAGCUCGGACUGGCUAUUAACCAUGAAAUCAGAGAACAGAACGAGAUGCUUGACGAUUUGACGGGUGAGGUGGAUAGGGUAGGAGGGAAGCUGACGAACGCGAAGAGGCAAAUGAACCGGCUGGGCUAACUAUGACCGUUUUGGAAGUAGAGACUCUUGCAAUCUGUGGUACGAAUAUUAUGACUUUACUACUGU